AUGUUGACUGGUAUUAAAGAGAAUGCAAAGUUUCAAAAGAAUAAAAAUGGAGAGCACAUCGAACCAACAUCGGGUCUUAAACAUCUUGUUGACGGAGUGAAGAAACACCACAAUGUCAAAAAUGUUUAUGUAUGGCAUGCACUAGCUGGUUAUUGGGGUGGAGUGAAGCCAGCAACAACUGGCAUGGAACAUUACGACACGACUUUGGCAAACCCGGUGCAAUCGCCCGGAGUAUUGGGAAACCAACCAGACAUUGUCAUGGACAGCUUGUCUGUACAUGGCCUUGGUCUAGUACAUCCAAAGAAGGUUUUCAACUUCUACGAUGAGCUCCAUGCUUAUUUAGCUUCAUGUGGAGUAGAUGGAGUGAAGGUGGACGUGAAAAACAUUAUUGAAACCCUUGGCGCAGGACAUGGUGGCCGAGUCUCACUUACCCGCAACUAUCAUCAUGCACUCGAGGCUUCCAUUGCUCAUAACUUUUCCGACAAUGGAUGCAUAGUGUGUAUAUGUCAUAACACUGAUGGAUUUUAUAGUGCUAAGCAAACUGCUGUUGUGAGAGCCUCUGAUGAUUUUUACCCACGUGAUCAUGCUUCCCACACAAUCCAUAUUUCUUCUAUUGCAUACAAUUCACUUUUCCUUAGAGAGUUUAUGCAACCUGAUUGGGACAUGUUCCAUAGUUUACAUCCAACAACUGAGUAUCAUGCUGCAGCUCGUGCAAUCAGUGGAUGUCUAAUUUAUGUUAGUGAUAAGACAGGAAACCAUAAUUUUGAUCUUCUUAAGAAAUUGGUACUUUCUGACGAUUCAGUUCUCCGUGCUCAGCUGCCUGGCAGGCCUACACGUGACUCUCUAUUUGUUGAUCUGGCAAGAUAUAGGACUAGUCUGCUCAAAAUAUAG